AUGUCGCAAUCACCGGUCAUCGUGAGCUCCAAGCAGCAAUUCGACAGCAUCCUCAAAAGCUCAAAGAUUGUCGUUGCGGACUUUUUCGCCACUUGGUGCCCCCCUUGCAAAGAGCUGGAACCAGUCUACGAUGCUCUUUCCAAGGCUCUCUCGCGUCCCAACUCGGUCGUCUUCGUCAAGGUGGACACCGAUAAGGCGGCCGAUGUUUCCCGAGAAUGGAAGAUUACUGCGCUGCCCACUUUCCUGUUAUUCCGUGAUGCGAAAGUCAUACAUAGAAUGAAGGGGGCGGAAACCGCUGAAGUCAGCAAAAUCAUUCCGCAAUUACUCUCCGAGAUCGAUUCCCUCGGAGAGGCUUCCGAAUCUGCUUCCGGCCGCAGCAGUGAACGAUGGGUCGGCGCAGAGAUUCCCCGAGGAUAUAGUGACAUCACAGAUCAAGUCGAGAUUCGCAACUGCGAGCUAUUGAACGCCGGUGAAGACGCUGGGCCAGUCAAGGUACUCUUCGAGAGCGCCAGGCCGAGUACUCUAAACAAGGAGGGAGAUGUUGCGACCAAGGAUUUUGUGCAGAGCGGAGCUGAUGAUCAACUUUUGCUGUUUGUCCCUUUUCAAGGCUCCGUGAAGCUACAUACUUUGCAGAUUACAUCCGUUCAAGAAGGACAGGACCAGGUCUCCAGACCUGAAGUCAUUCAUUUAUAUAUCAACAGACCCCGGAACAUGGACUUUAGCGAGGCGGAUGAUACCGAGCCGACUCAAGCCAUCACUCUCAAGGCAGAGGAUUGGAAUUCCGAAGCGACAGCCAACAUCAACUUGCGCUUUGUCAAAUUUCAAAAGACGACCACCUUGGUUGUGUAUGUGCAAAAGGGAUGUGAUGGCGCCGAAACUGUUCGACUGGACAGAAUUGCGCUUAUUGGUGAAGUUGGCACCAAGAGAGAGAUGGGCAUACUGCAAAAGGUUGGGGACGAUGAAUGA